CUUUCACUUCUCCACCCCAACACUCCCUUCAUUCUCUCCUUCUUCUUCAUCUCUGUCCCUUCUCUCCAUCCAAAAAUGCUCUCUGCUUCUUCAUCAAAAUCCAACCACACAAUGUCAAUGAGGGUAGGCUCCUUCAGGCACAGUUUCCUUGAGAAGAGCAAAGAGAGGCUCCUCAAGAGGGAAUACCCAGAAUUCUCCGACGAAAAUGGCGGCUCCGGCAACCGCUCCAUGCUCGACGCGCUCUCUGAUCACGUCGCUCGCCUUCGCGACGGGUUGCGAGAGUUUGUCAAGAAGUUGUAUGAGAUGGGUCGCGCUGAUCGACGUAAAGUGGUGUUCGCCAUGAAAGCUGGGUUGUCAUUGGCCAUUGUCUCGCUUUUCAUAUACAUUAAGGAGGAACAGCUUAGCAAGUAUUCAAUCUGGGCCAUUCUCACUGUUGUUGUUGUUUUUGAAUUCAGCAUAGGUGCAACCCUUAGCAAAGGAUUCAAUCGAGCUUUGGGAACAGUUUCUGCUGGAGUUCUUGCUCUGGGUAUAGCGCGAUUAUCGGUAUCGGUUGGUGGAGCUUUUGAGGAACUUAUUACUGUGGUAGCUAUUUUUAUUGCAGGGUUUCUUGCAAGCUUUGUGAAGCUGUAUCCUGUGAUGAAGCAAUAUGAAUAUGGCUUUCGAGUAUUCUUGUUAACAUUUUGCAUUGUAUUGGUUUCUGGGAGGCAUGGAAUGCAGUUUUUCAACACUGCUUUUUACAGAUUGAUUCUCAUUGGUGUUGGUGCUGGUGUAAGUUUAUCUGUGAACAUUUGCAUCUACCCCAUCUGGUCUGGGGAGGAUCUGCACAAAUUGGUGGUGAAAAAUUUCCAUGGAGUUGCUACAUCUUUAGAAGGUUGUGUAACUGGGUACCUGCAAUGUGUUGAAUAUGAGAGGAUCCCAUCCAAAAUUCUUGUGUAUCAAGCCUCUGAUGAUCCUGUUUAUAGCGGGUAUAGAACAGCAGUGCAGUCGUCAAGCCAAGAGGAAACUUUGCUAGAUUUUGCACUAUGGGAGCCACCUCAUGGUCCAUACAAGAUGUUCAAAUAUCCUUGGAGAAGCUACACCAAAGUUAGUGGAUCACUGAGGCAUUGUGCUCUCACAGUCAUGGCAUUGCAUGGAUGCAUACUUUCAGAAAUACAGGCUCCUCCGGAGAAGAGGCUGGUUUUCUUUGAAGAACUUCAGAAGGUUGGUGCUGAAGGAGCUAAAGUAUUACGCCUACUCGGUAGUAAAAUGGAAAAGAUGGAAAAGCUAAGCAAUAUCGACAUUCUCCUCGAAGUUCAUGAGGCAGCUGAGCUAUUGCAGAUGAAGAUUGACAGACAAUCAUUCCUCCUAGUCAAUCCAGAGUGCUGGAAAGCUUUAAGACAGCCUAAGGAAAAAGAACAACCUGACAAUUCAAUUGAUCCUAAAGACAAUGAGAACAAAGAGUCGCUGACCACUUCCGUUAGUGAAUCAGCAGCUGAUUCAAAACUUAAUAUAACCAUAGAGCCUUCUAUACCAGAAUCUAGUUUUCCACAGACCAUGAACAAGAGCUUAGUGUCAUGGCCACACCUUUCUUUUUACACAGAUGCUAUAAUGAAUGAGGCAGAAUCUAAAGUAUAUGAAAGUGCAAGCUCCUUGUCUUUGGCAACAUUUGCAUCACUCUUAAUCGAGUUUGCAGCGAGGCUUCAACAUCUUGUGGAUGAAUAUCAAGAUCUUAGUGAGAAGGCAAAAUUUAAAGAUCCCUUUGAACAACCAGUGCUGAAGUAAGGGUUAGUGGCAUUUUGUUGGAGCAGACUUCAUAGGUGCCUUGUUAAUAGGUCAUGACUUUAUAUAUAGGGCCAUGUAGUGGCAUUUUGUUUCAUUCUUUUUAUAAAAAAAUUUGAAAUUGAAGAUGCAUUCUUCUCCAAUUUUCCUUGGCUUUUGUUAUGAUAAUUUAAAGAUGGUCAGGGAGAUGAGGGAGGACUAAAACUUCAAUACUCUUUUUAGUUUAAACUAAGAACUAACUGUUCUGAUUUGUUUUACUUUGUAAAGCUAUCUCAUUAAGCGAUAACAUGUUAUGUAU